GAUUACAUCUUUUUUGGCUUUUCUUCAUAAAUUCAUGUUAAACCAACCAAGUCCACGAGAAAACUUAGUUCCCCAAUGUGAAACCAAAAAUGACCGCAUUUCGGACUUUUUGAUCCCUCACCAACGUAGCUUAUUGUUAGGUCUCCAUUUUAUUCAUCUCAUGAACAUGUCAACCUCCACUUGCGAAAUUGAUCCUGCACUGCUGGAAAAGAUUAAAGAAUUCCGUUUUGCCAAGAAUUCAACCGGCAAUGCUGCAUUCGUGCUUCAAAUCGAUCGUAAGCAACUAAAGAUCGUCGAAGUUGAAGUGCUCGAAGAUAUUUCCAUUGAAGAACUCGUGGAAGAAUUGCCUGAAAACACUCCCCGCUACGUGAUAUUGAGCUAUGAGUUGAAACACGAUGACGGAAGAACUAACUUUCCGCUGGUGUUUAUCUAUUGGGCACCUGCGACUGCACCAGCAGCACUGCAUAUGCUUUACACUUCCGCCAAGACAUUUUUGCAAGAAAAAACUGGUGUCAUGAGAGGUUUCGAUAUCCGCGACGCAGAUAUGUUGACAGAUGAAUAUCUCCGUAGUCAGUUGUAAGAAAAGGAAAGAAAAAAAAGGCAACGACAGUGAAAAAAGGGUCUAUUGGCUGGCGUUGUUUUUUGGAUUUUGUGUUUUAGUAAAUCUAUGCUUCCAUUUUGCCGUUAUCGCUGUUGGAUUUUCUCUCCCAAAUCUACGUAUGCACAAUUGACAAAAGCUUGAUCAGCAUGGUUCGCCAUUGACAUAAACAUUGUGGAAAGCAAAACGUACCUGAAUAUAGCUUUCGGAUAAAA